AUGCCAGCUCCGGUGGGACAGGAGGAGGAGCAGGACAGCUUCAUUACCCCAUCCACCCACCCAAUUAGGAGCCAGAUGGCGCUUCUGGCCAAUCAAAUCAUGGAUCCAAGGAUUCUCAGCAGUAUGAAUGGGAGAGUGGAGCUAUCCCAGUUCUUGAGGGUUACCAAUCAAAGCAUCGUAUCCCAGGUAAAUUCUGCGCAGGAUGACAACCGCAAGAACAGGAAGUAUCCUUGCCCGUUGUGUGGAAAGCGCUUCCGCUUCAAUAGCAUUCUUUCCCUUCACAUGCGCACACACACUGGCGAGAAGCCCUUCAAGUGCCCAUACUGUGACCACAGGGCUGCACAGAAAGGCAACCUGAAGAUACACCUCCGUACUCACAAGCAAGGCAUUCUGGGCAAAGGCCGCGGGAGGAUCAGGGAGGAGAACAGGUUGCUUCACGAGCUUGAGGAGAGGGCGAUUCUAAGGGACAGGCACAUGCGUGCCAGUCAUGUUGGCCUUCAGCAAACAUCUAAUAUAACCCAACUUCAAAAGCCACAACCGCCCCCGACACACAACCAGUUCUUAAACAACUCAGUCGCUGUAGAGAGCCAGCCACAAACAUCCACAUCCCCUGACGUGACUACCAUCCAUGAUGAGCCCAUCCAGCCCCCACCCACAGGUUUCAGAUGCUCAUUCUGUAAGGGGAAGUUCAGGAAACAGCAGGAGCUUGAGCGCCACAUCCGGAUCCUGCACAAACCCUACAAGUGCACCUUGUGUGAGUUUGCAGCCUCACAAGAAGAGGAGCUCAUUGGCCAUGUUGAGAUGACACAUAUAACUGCUGAUUCAGGCCCAGGACAGAAGCCUACGUUGGGGGCCAGUGAUAAGGGGAAACCCGCUGGUGAAUUCCCCUGCGAGGUGUGUGGCCAGACCUUUAGUCAGGCCUGGUUCCUCAAGGGUCACAUGAGAAAACACAAGGACUCUUUUGAGCACUGCUGUCAAAUCUGCGGCCGUCGUUUCAAAGAGCCCUGGUUUCUCAAGAACCACAUGAAGGUCCACCUCAACAAGCUGGCUGCUAAGAGUAAUCUCCCUGCUGAGCACAACACCUCUGUAAACAUGAGUAAUCUAACCCAAGACCAUCAGAGCAACCUCUACUCACAGUACAUCUCCCGUAUUCACAAUCGGUUCCUCACAGCUGAGAGAGCUAACCAGACAGAUUAUCACCAGAUACUUGCCACAGCAGGUGUUGACAUGAAGGUUAGGGAGAUGUUAGGGAGGAUGAUUUCCUCAGGUCCGGGCCCUCUGACUGAUGCAGAGAGCUCAUCUUUGUUGGGCUUAAAUCAUCUCCACCCUCCACUGAACUCCACUAGUCUGGAAUAUCUGCAGAAAGUCAUCUCCAACAGAGAUACACUAAACAGCAGCAGCAGCUACCCAGGCUGGCAGAUCAUGACACCAGGGCUGCCUGUUGAGCAGCCAAUGUUCAAUCCUAAAGACCAGCAGCAGCAGCGCUCCUCCUACCUGCCUGAGAGAUGCCUCCCUGCAGAUGAUGGGAAAGUAUGUCUCGGUGACCCGGACGCCAACAACAUCAGCAGACCCAGCAGCCCAGGCAGCCUGAGUCAUCAUGGGCCAACAGAGAUCAUCACAGAGACCGGGAGCUCCCACUCUGGCAGUGCCCUGGACCGUCAACCACAAUCCUCUUCUCCAGCUACAGGUGAGAAAGUCUACAGGUGUCCACUCUCCAGUGACUACACCGCUGCACAGACUGCCUCCCUCAGUUUCCAUCUGGAUCGCUACCACUUCCCCCACUGGCAGAACAACAGGGAUCUAUCCUCGCCACUGCAGCCCACCAGCAGCAGCAGCUCCAGUCCCAACCCCAAGCUCAGACCCAGGUCCAGGGAAGACUGGAGCCCAGUUACAGGUCACUACCUUGCUCUGGAGAGCCACAGUGAAAACACCUUGCUCACCAACAAGCAGUCCGACCUCACUGACAAAGAUCCAGUUGUAGACAGCUCUUCAUCUGGUCAAACCAGGAAGUCCCAGUAUGAGCCUUUAGAUUUGUCUGUCAGGCCAGAAUCUGUUACAUCUCACUCAGCCAUGUCUCCUGCUGUACUGGUGCAAAUGUCUGGCGUUUUUAGUAAUGGACUGUCCUCCUCCAUCACCCGCCAGCUACAAAGUUACUCCAAUGCCACAGCUGAACUCAGUGUGAAACCUGCAUAUCAGUGUGACCUUUUGGCGCAGGGAACAGCAGAAGAAGAGAUGAAUACACAGAAUGCAGGCUCCACGGGUCACGAUGGUGAAGGUGAAUUUGAGAAAUCCGAGCAAGGGAGGGAGGAUGCAAAUGAUGACGCAGCCAAGUGGAAGAUGCUGAAAAACAGUGUCCUCGAGCCAGAGGAGACAGGACAGGCCAACGCUGAUUUCCAGGGUCCUGGAGAGAAGCACGAUAAGCUGGGACAGUGGGGCAGAGCUGUGGCUGAUUCUCCCAUCUCCUCUCUUGAGAAUUUGACUCCAGGACAGGCCAAUCCCCUCCAGCACCAGGGUAGCCUGCUCUCCUUCCUCAGACCCCAGGGGAGCCUGAGCAGCACACCUGCAGGUGCACAAAAAGCCGCCCUGAACGGUGGGGGAAACAUGGAGAAAGAUGUUGCAUCAGCUCGAAAGCCAUUCCAGUGCAGAUACUGCCCCUACAGCGCCUCCCAGAAGGGCAACCUGAAGACCCAUGUCCUCUGUGUCCACCGUAAGCCCUUUGACAACAGCCUCUACCCAGACCGCCGCCUCCGGCGCUCACACACGCCCCAGAGGCCUUCAAGAUUGCCCCCAAGCAUCACGGGAGACAAUCGUGCGCCAGGGAGGGACCAGAUCGGCAUGACAUCGCUCUGUGGGACUUGAUGUUGUCAUGGCAACAACAGAUACAGACAGUUAUUAUUAUUGUUUUAGCGUCACCUCGGAGGGGUUAGGAUGAUUGAGAUUGUUUAAAAAAAAAAGUUAACAAUAAACCUUGAUGUACAUUCCAGUGUUUACUUGAAGAGCCACAGUAUGUAUUUAUCUGUAGCAAUGAAGCUGCCUAUAAUAAUAAAGUCCAUUGUGAUGUGAAAGUGUAGCAAGGGUAUUUUAGAGCCGUCCAUUUUGUCAAAAGUGUCCAAACAAUUUACUUGUGUUUACAUGCAUCUAUCAGUUCAACACUUGUCUGAUAGGGAGAAUGUACCGUGCCUGCCCGAAGCUCUUGUUCUUUCAUCCAGUAAAUACCCUGUGUUACAUUUUUGUAAAUAUCGCUCGAUUUCCCUUCCAGUCCAGAAGUCUUGUCUAUCUGUCAGGAUAUGGUGCCAGAUGUUCGGGCUGUAAUCGCGGCAGAUGUAAUGAAGUAGAAUGUUGCACAUCGGAGCUUCCAUUUGUUCUGGAUUCCACUCCAGGGAGAAAGCCUCUCUCACAUAUAAUUAUUGCCCAUUAACUCCUAUGCUUCAUGCCCUCGUGCUGGAACAAUGCUCAAUUAAGAGGAACCAAGGAAAUGGAAAAACUGCAGAGAUUCAUUGAUAGUACAUUCAAAUCCCUUUUUUUCUCUACUUUUUUUGAAAUUUUGUUGAACUACUCGAGUGUGUGUGUGAUUUGUCCACUAGUGUAAAAUAGGCCCAAUCAACAUGGCUAUUGUGUGCCAUGCGUGGUAAUUUUAGCAUGAUCCGGGCUGCCUCAGCCUCCCGUGCCAACAGUCUGCCUGUACACCCAGAGAUCACCUUGGGCAGCUGUGUGCCUGUUCAGCCGGGCCCUUGUAGCCACAGCGAUGUGACUUUGACUGACAGUCAACCUGACAACUCCAUUCAUGCGCCACCUGCUAGCUGUCAAUCAGGGCGGCCAUCCUGGGGCUAUUGACGGAGCUGUCAGCCUGUGUGAGAUGUGUCUGUCAAAGCCCACCCACUCCGCCACUCUGUCUCCCUGCCUGGGCAGUCUGACAUUCGUUUGCUGUCCUCCUUCCACCCUUCCCUUCCCUUCCAUCUCUUUCUCUUUCUUCCACUCUCUGUCUGUCUCCUGCCUGUUUCCCUUCAGAGACACGGCAGCCCCUUAAUCCCCGAUCCAAUCACAGAUUCUUUGGGUACACAUUUGUCAUCCUCAAACCCUCUGGUUUUUGGAAAGGAGUGCUUUGCAAACACUUCUGCAGGUGACUUGGGCCUGAUAUACAUGUGGUUUUUAUCACAGCUUCUUGUAUUUGUUCGUACCCCGUCAGCCCUUAAUGCCACUGUCACCAAUCCUUUUUCUCCUCUUUUUUUCCUGCAAGCUUCUCUCUCUGCCUUCUUCCUCCUCCUCUGCUCAGUCACCCUUCAUCUCUCUACCUGACAGGUGACAAGGUCUGGGCCUCCAGCUGACUGGCUAAUCGGAGGCCUGUCAUUUCUGUCAAUACUUCCAGAGCCAUGCCAAGCCAGAUCAGACCAGACCAGACCAUCUUCUCAGUUGACCAAGGGCACAGAGUUUUGCGGGUAGAGGAAGAAAUGCUUCAAAAACUCAGAGCUUUAGAGAAAUUCUGUCACUUGUACCCCUCCAACAGCCCUCUGGAUAUGGAUCAUCCCUAAGGCCUCAUCCUGUCAAACCUCCUAAUUAAGCGCAGUUUCCCUUAAAGCAGGGCCCUUUAAUUAAUGCUGGAGAAGUUUGUUAAUUACCUCUAAUGGUGAUGAAUGUUUUAGUUAACGUCUCACUACCAUAGUCAAUGUCAUACUCAGGCUUUUUGCUGCUUUGUAAGGGCUCAUCUUUCCAGUGUGCAGCCCUGUUCUUUCAUAAUUCGCAGUGUUUUUUAUUUGCUCAAGGACUCAUCGUAUCAUCAAAUACAGCUUUAUCUACAAAGGCAGUUCGCAUUUUAUCAAGUUCUGCCUUCGCAACCUGAUUGGCCUCACAGACAAGUGAAAUACAGAAAUUCCUGUAUUUUAUCCACUAAGCUUUGGCUCACCUUGACCUUUUGCUUAGAAUGACAUCCUGUUUACCUGCAGUAAAUCAAUCCUCAUUCUCUGACACCUAUAAAUAACCCUUCUCUGGAGAAAAGGCAGGCAUGCCAUGUCACAGACUGUCAAUGUGGGGUUUAUCUUUGUCUAAGAUCAGAAUUUUUUCAUUUUUAAUUGGUGUCACGUGAAAUUUUGAUUUGAAAGUAAACUUUUGACACGCUAAUUGGCUACAAAUAUUGUUCUGUCCAACCAGUCUUUCUAUCAUUUGUUUUUCUUUAUGUCCAUCAUAGAAAUGAUCACCAGCUUCUUCAUUUUUCUUCUUCUUUACCUUCUCGUCACUCUCA